AUGUCGCGCGUCAAGCUGUCCGAUGUGAUCAAUCAAGCUGUUGCUCCAGAAAACACUGGGUUCAACCAAAACAAGUUCAAAAUCGUUUUAAAAGCCGUCGGGAAGUAUACUCUAGGUGCAGAAGCACUUAAGAACCAACUUGCCUUGAAAUUCAAUGCAUACGCUCACUUGAAACUCGGAGAAGUCGAGAUGUAUAACACACUUUGUUUAAUGCAAUACGUCGUGAAGAGGUCGGUCAAAUUACAGAAGCAGCUCCACCUCAACGAAUUUGUUGAGGUCUACAAGAAGGUACUUUUCUUGGUGCCAUUCAAGAAAAUUACAGACAAAAAUAUCGUUGCCAUCAAGGCAAUUCAAUUAGUGAAGGAGUGGAGCGAAUUUUCGGAGAUGUUUCCAUACAACGACUUGCUCGAAGUCGUCGAGAAGAAACUUUCGGGGUGUGACUCUCGUGUGAAUCAUACUAUCGACAUCUCUCAUAAUAGCUUCGAAGACGUUCCUGUCGAGACGGAGAGAAUGAGUCUUGACCAACCCAGGUCGGUCGACUUUUCUACCACACAACCAGUCAUGAAAUCAGAGAGCCCAACACUCUUUUCGUACGUCAAACAAGCUCUCCAAGAAGGGCAACUCGACGGUGGUCCUGUUGUGUUGUCUGCCAUAUGA